AUAUCAACGUCUUUAAUGACAAACCAACGAAGAUCCUAACAACAGGCCACAUCAAGAUGCUCCCUCUCUGGAUAACACUGCUUCUUCUCCAUGAAGGAUAUGCACUGAUCUCGGUGACCACUGUUCAGCUUGGUGAACCUGCCACCUUCACGUGUGCUUUCCAUAAUUGGCACCAUAGCAGUAAACAAGUCAAGUGGUACAAACAGAGUGUAGGGAAUACUCCUACAUUAAUUACUACACUGAUGAAAGGCACUAUAAAUCCUAUUUUUGAACAAGGGUUUCCUGAAUCACGAUUUACUGCAGUCCAAAAUCUAACCAUGAGCACUCUGAUCAUUUUGAAGACAAUCCGAGAAGAUGAGGCAGUGUAUCACUGUGCCGUCACUAACUGGAGCAGGGAUCAGUGGAAUGGCACAUAUUUGUCUUUAAAAGGAAGCUCUCAGACGGCGACAGACUUUACCGUUGUUCAGUGGCCGACAUUAUCUGAUCCAGUUCAUCCAGGAGACUCCGCCACUCUCCAGUGUUCAGUCAUCUCUGACUCUAAGAAGGACACGUGUCCAGGUGAACACACUGUGCACUGGUUUGGAGUCAGAUCAGAUAAAUCUUAUCCAAACAUCAUUUACACGAAUGGAAAUAAACAUGAUGAAUGUGAGAAGAGAUCUGACACUGUGAAGAGUUGUGUUUAUCGCUUCUCCAAGAACUUCAGCUCCUCCGACGCAGGGACGUACUACUGCGCUGUGGCCGCAUGUGGAGAGAUAUUAUUUGGAAAUGGAACAAAACUGGAUAUUGAAGGAAACGGCUCAGCGUUCUUUGAUGAUUCACAGAAUAGGCAAUAUAUUUCUGCUUCUGCUGUGUGCUGUCUUGGCUAUAAGUGUGAUUGUUAUAGCCGUCCUCAUUUACGCACUCAAGGAAAACAACUGUGAUUAUUGCAAUAAGAAAGCUGCUGUUUCCCUGCAAGAAAAAGUUGCAAAAAGGAAUUUCAAGCGAAAUGAAGACCCAUGGAUUUAUUCUACCGCCAUCUUCACCAUGAUGAACACCGGCAGUGGUGGAACGAGGGAUGCUAAAGCAGCAAAGAGAGAGAGGAUCUACGCUGCCGUCAAGGCUUUUGGGUCGGAUUAGCAUGUUAAAAGUGGAGUCAGCGAUUCUGGAGAAUGAUUGUUGAUAUUUGAACUCAACAGCCAAACAAAUACCUCCUCCAGAUUUACCGUCACUCUUGCUCCUCACCUUUUUCUAUACAUAUCCAUGACCUUUUUUUCCCCUGUCCGGUGCUCAAGUAUGGACACCCUGUUGCUGAUUGGCUGGAACAGUGUUAUGUGGUAUAUACACUGGAUUUCUUUCCCCCACACGCACAGCUCGGACAGCUAGCAUACCGUGCUGAGAUAUCCGCUGAAUUUGACAAAGUGUAUUGGAUCAAAAUCGCUGACCGCACCUUAAGUGGGUUGUUUGCGAUCAGUUUGAAACGUGAUAGUUGAUGUUAACGUGUUUAAAGCUAAAGGCUGUUAUUAUAUGUGGCUUUUACGUAGUGUUGUGUAUAUGAUGUAUAUCUUGAUGUAAUGUUUAUUCUCAUGCUUACAUGUAGUCGAUUUAAUCAAUAAAAAAUGCAUCUUUGUUUAUUUUUUGUAUGUUGGACUUCAAAUUGAGUGAAACAGGGAUAAGCAAAGGUGUAAGUGAAGGCCUUUCAUCCAUCUAUGCAGCUGUGGCACUUUCUGCGUUUUAUUAACUGUGCAUUUUGUAGCGCUUUCCUCCGAAAACAUACUUUACCAAACAUUUCUAACAUCAGAGUUCUACAAAAUGUGGUAAGGAAUUCUAAAUAUGAUGUAUAUUGUAUUUGAAGUAUAUUAUAAACAAGUUAUUUUUCUCAUCAUUAAGAGUGAAAGGCAGAGUUACGGUGCUGGUUAAUGGCAUGCA